AUGAAGUUCACUCUGGGCCUGGGGUCGCGGGCGUGGAGAGUGUCUUGGGAGCGGACGGCAGGGAUUGGCCCCCGAGCGGGCGGCAGCGCGCUUGGCCGCGGCGCACAGCACUUUUCCUGCCCGCGGCCGGCGCGCUGCGGCUCUCGGCUCUCGCGCGCCCUCCCUCUAUGCCUCUCCCGCGGCGGCGGCGACCGAGCUCUCCCGGACUGCGCCGGGCCCAGCCCCGGCCGCCCCGGCGCCAGGCAGCUGGCUGGCCCGCGCGCUAUGGAGCAGACGUACGGCGAGGUGAACCAGCUGGGCGGCGUGUUUGUCAACGGCCGCCCACUACCGAACGCUAUCCGCCUGCGCAUCGUGGAGCUGGCGCAGCUGGGCAUCCGACCCUGUGACAUCAGCCGGCAGCUUCGCGUAUCCCACGGCUGCGUGAGCAAGAUCCUGGCGCGCUACAACGAAACGGGCUCCAUUCUACCCGGGGCUAUCGGGGGCAGCAAACCCCGCGUCACUACCCCCAACGUGGUCAAGCACAUCCGGGACUACAAGCAGGGUGACCCUGGCAUCUUUGCCUGGGAGAUUCGCGACCGGCUGCUGGCCGACGGCGUCUGCGACAAGUACAACGUGCCCUCCGUCAGCUCCAUCAGCCGCAUCCUCCGCAAUAAGAUUGGGAGCCUGGCGCAGCCCGGGCCCUAUGAAACCAGCAAGCAGCCGCCGCCGCAGCCCGCGCUGCCCUACAACCACAUCUACCAGUAUCCCUACCCCAGCCCGGUGUCACCCACAGGCGCCAAGAUGGGCAGCCACCACGGGGUACCGGCCACAGCAGGCCAUGUCAGCAUCCCCCGUUCAUGGCCCUCGGCGCACUCGGUCAGCAACAUCCUGGGCAUCCGGACGUUUAUGGAGCAAACAGGGGCCCUGGCCGGGAGUGAAGGGGCCACCUAUUCCCCAAAGAUGGAAGACUGGGCCAGCGUGAACAGGACAGCCUUCCCAGCCAACCCCGCAGUGAAUGGACUGGAGAAACCUGCAUUGGAGGCUGACAUUAAGUACACUCAGUCCGCCUCCGGCCUCUCAGCAGUGGGUGGUUUCCUCCCGGCCUGCGCCUACCCCACCUCCAGCCAGCAUGGCGUGUACAGCGCUCCCGCCGGUGGCUACCUCACCCCAGGUCCACCGUGGCCACAUGCUCAGGCAUCUCCCUUGGCACCCACAGUGCACAGCGGGGAGCUCGCGGCAAUGACCUUCAAGCAUCCCAGUCGAGAAGUGACCGACCGGAAGCCGCCCAGCCCCGGCGGCAAGGCCCCUGAUGGCCUCAGUAGCUUACACGGACUGUCCAUCCCGGCCUCGACCUCCUAG